UGGACACUUUCUUCUGUUACCUGUGGUUUGCUCUGCUCCUUGUAAUUCCAUCAGCAAGGGAGCUGAGCAAAGACUCCUCUUUGCUUUGUUCCAGGUGAAGAUACCCACACCAGACUUCUUGGAAAAGCUAAGGACUUCAACAUCGGGCUGGACAAGUACUCUUUGGAACUUGUCAAGCCACAGAACCCCGGCCAUCCACAACAGAAGUAACAUCACAGCCCGAUUCCAGUGGAAGGCUUUUGCUACUGAGGCAGAGGAGUAUCCACAGAAGAUCAGGCUGUGUCACAAUCUGUCUCGGCCACCCCAGGAGAUAGCAAAGGCUCUUGUGAUGAAGCGCUAUGAGGAGCUGGACCUUUACGACCGCGAGUUGGAGAAGGAGACAGCAAAGAUUGAAGCAGACUCCAUGCUCUUCUCAGAUGACGUUUUCACCAUUGAGCCCUUGGAGGGAGAGGUUGGGCCACAUUGUUCAGCUGAAAUCAAGGUGUUCUUUAAACCCCGAGAAGCCCAAGUCUACAGAAAAGUGGCCUACUGUUCCAUCUCAGGCCGUGAGACCAGGCUGCCCCUGCACCUCACAGGGGAAGGCCUCGAGCCCUGCCUCCAACUCAGCUCUGAGGAACUGGACAUGGGGAAAGUUUUGGUUGGAGAAGCCUACAGCUACGAGGUGAGCAGCAGGGGCUGGGGUGGAUCCUGAUGGCUCCUGGGGCAG